UUGUUAGAAGCAUUGACAGUGUAAAAAAAGCCAUUAAUUUGUUAGAAGCAUUCACAGUGUAAAAAAUAAUUUAGCAGAAUAAAGCAAAAGUCGUUAUUGGGUAGACGAUGAUGGAUUCCGCCGCCGUCUCCCACGGUGUUCCGAUGGAGAACUGAACCAACUCCUCUGAUUCAAAGAUGGAUGAAUAUGUGGCGUAUGAAGAAGAGAAAAGAUCAAGCAAUACUCCACUAUCGUUCUUCCACACCAAGUCCACCGUCUACCACCCUCGUCCGAGUCCGAGUCCGUAUUUUCCGGUAAGAAAGUUUUCAAAGAUAGAAAACUAUCUGGCAGAUAUCAGCAGAACCUAUAUUCCACUCUCGUUAUUCACCACUAUCGUCGGAGACGAUGCCCCGAUCGAUAUGGAAGAAGACAACUCCUCCGCUCCAGUAUCCUUCAGAUCGUACAUGGAAGCAUUGACGUCCACCGUCGAUCACCCUCGUCCGAUACGUAACGUCACCACAAACUAUAGUACUCCCCUAUCGUUCUUAUACACCAAGGGUUCCACCUUCUACCUCCCUCCUCCGUUACGUAAGUUCACCAAAAACUAUAUUCCAAUAUCGUCUGGAUCAAAGGUCAAGGUCAGUACAAACUCUAUUAUUCCCGAUGAUCUUGCUUUCUCUAUUCUAUCAAAACUGUCUGUAAAAUCAUUGAAGCGCUUUCGAUGCGUACGCAAAUCAUGGUCCGUUUUAUUUGAAGACUCUCGUUUCAUGACCAUGUACAGCAACCAUUUCUUAUCUCGUCACGCUUCUGAUGAUGAUUAUCAUACAUUUAUUUUCUCAUGUCAUAGUGAUCUCCCCGUGACGCCUGAAUAUCUUUAUCAUUCUGAAUUCCAUUUGCUCAACAACAACGGCGUCAAAUUCAAUUUGCCACCCCCGUUUCAACAGUCUGGCCGUGGUAGGAGUAUUCUCGGCUCCGCAAGUGUUAACGGCAUUUUUUGUCUUGCCCAACAAUAUCCAAUUAAUCUACAAUAUGUAUUGUGGAAUCCUGCUACUGAGGAAUUCCGGGUCAUUCCUCGUAGCCCCGCUGAACUUUCACCACAACACCCUCAAAACUACCUCGAUCUCACACAUGCUUUUCAUGGAUUUGGUUAUGAUCAAGUUAGACACGACUUUAAGGUCAUUCAGUAUGUAUCAUUUGAUCCUGAUUUUCGGUACUAUCCUCGUCCAAGACAAGAAACUUAUUUUGAGAUAUAUAGUUUGAAAAAUAAUUCUUGGAGAACAAUCGACAUGGAGCUUGUUUUUUCUGGUUGGUUUUAUUGUGAGUCAUUUGAUGCCCGAGAAGUUUAUGUGGAUGGAGCAUGUCAUUGGUUGGUUUUCGCCGGAACUGACCCUCUUGAACUAACUCUAUUGUCAUUUGACCUGAGUGAUGAGGCAUUCCUUAUAACACCCAUCGGGGAUAUACCUUAUACUCAUUUAGCUUUUCAAGCAUGCUUGACUGUGUUAAAUGGAUCUAUUGCUUUGCUCUCACAUAAUGACGAAUAUGGCAAUGAUAUUACUUUAACCAUAUCCAUUCUGGGUGAAGUCGGUGUGAAUGAAUCAUGGAUCAAAUUAUAUAUUUGUGGCCCCUUCUCCAUUUAUUGGCCCCCAGUUGGAUUUGGGAAGAAGGGAUAUAUUUUCUUUAGAAAAAAAGAUAAUAAACUAGCCUGUGUUGAUUUGAGCACCCAAGAAAUUGAGGAGAUUGGUAUUACUUGUUGUGCAGAGGAAAAUUAUUUUAGAAUCGGUCUUUACAAGAAAAGCCUUCUUUCAAUUGGAGGAUUGAGUAACUAGUUUUUUUUUUCCUUCUUGUUUUCACCCCUAGGUAUAUGGCUAUGGUGAUAUGAUCUUGUUUUAUCCAUUUAAUUUUAAGGGUUUAGACUUUUGUGAUUUGCAAACUGAUUGUGUUUUGUUUAAUGAUUA